GCCACGACUCGCUACGCUUUGCCAGUCGAGCAUACGCGGCCACCUUCGCUCGUGUGCACUCGCUGUGUGAGAGGCUGCUCGGCCUGUCGGUGGUGUUGAUUCUCGGGAUUCUGUGAAGGAACGUCACUCGAUCCGCUCUCGAUCGCUCUCAAGGAAAGUCGCAUCGACUCAGCCAAGAUGGGAUUCAAGUUUCUCGAGGUGAUAAAGCCGUUCUGCAGUAUACUGCCGGAAAUAGCGAAGCCGCAGCGCAAGAUUCAGUUCCGGGAAAAAAUGCUAUGGACGGCGAUCACGUUAUUUAUUUUCUUAGUAUGCUGCCAGAUUCCAUUGUUCGGUAUUAUGUCUUCGGACAGUGCGGAUCCCUUCUACUGGAUCCGUGUGAUACUUGCGUCGAACAGAGGAACGCUGAUGGAACUGGGUAUCUCUCCGAUUGUCACUUCUGGUCUUAUCAUGCAGCUGCUGGAUCGCGCGAAGAUCAUCGAAGUCGGUGACACCCCAAAAGACAGGGCGCUGUUCAACGGAGCGCAGAAAUUGUUUGGCAUGGUUAUCACCGUCGGGCAAGCCAUUGUUUACGUAAUGACUGGAAUGUACGGAGAUCCUACGGAAAUCGGAGCCGGCGUCUGUCUUCUGAUCAUCAUCCAAUUGUUCGUCGCCGGGCUCAUCGUGUUGCUGUUGGACGAGUUGCUCCAGAAGGGAUACGGAUUGGGAAGCGGCAUAUCGCUCUUCAUUGCCACCAAUAUCUGCGAGACCAUAGUCUGGAAAGCGUUCUCGCCAGCCACAGUUAACACCGGUCGUGGCACGGAAUUUGAAGGAGCCAUAAUCGCUCUGUUCCACUUAUUGGCCACCAGGCAGGACAAGGUCCGGGCUCUCCGCGAGGCGUUCUACAGACAAAAUCUUCCGAAUCUGAUGAAUCUUCUCGCCACCAUCUUAGUGUUCGCUAUCGUUAUCUACUUCCAGGGCUUCCGUGUGGAUCUUCCGAUCAAGUCCGCUAGAUACCGCGGUCAGUACAGCAGUUACCCGAUCAAGCUAUUCUACACCAGCAACAUCCCGAUCAUCUUCCAGUCGGCUCUGGUGUCCAAUCUGUACGUCAUCUCGCAGAUGCUGGCGGUCAAGUUCCAGGGCAACCUCAUAGUGAAUCUAUUGGGCGUUUGGUCGGACGUCGGCGGCGGCGGUCCGGCUAGGUCAUAUCCGGUCGGCGGAUUAUGCUACUACCUGUCACCGCCAGAAUCAGUCGGCCACAUCGUUCAGGAUCCCGUCCACGCUGUGCUGUACAUCCUCUUCAUGCUCGGCUCGUGCGCCUUCUUCUCGAAGACGUGGAUCGAGGUGUCCGGCAGCUCGGCAAAGGAUGUCGCCAAACAACUGAGGGAACAGCAGAUGGUGAUGCGGGGCCACAGGGACAAUUCCAUGAUCCGCGAGCUUAACCGUUACAUCCCGACCGCCGCGGCGUUCGGCGGAUUAUGCAUCGGCGCGCUCUCCGUGCUGGCGGAUUUCCUCGGCGCGAUCGGCUCCGGCACCGGUAUCUUGCUCGCUGUCACGAUCAUAUACCAGUACUUCGAGAUCUUCGUCAAGGAGCAAAGUGAAAUGGGUGGCAUGAGCACGUUACUCUUCUAAACCUAAUCCACGUAUAGACACGAAAAGUGAACUUUUUUAAUUCUGAAGAAAAAAUGAACUGAAUAAUAAUUUAUUAAAGUAAAGUAAGUCGAGUUGACAGCAUGCGUGCGUGUGUGUGUCAAGCGCAUCUAUGGGAUGAUGAUAGACACACGCACCGGUGCCAGCGAAGGGUCCCCGCGUUAUACAUAUAUAUAAAAGUUACACGUACACAUACACACACACACAUACACACAUAUUCACACAUACUUCAUUGACUCACUAUUGAUACCGUUGUGGACGAUACUCUGCUCAAGAAAAAAAAAGAAAGAAAUUAUUACAGUGGGUAAUCUUUCCAGAAGAAGAACGGAAGGCGCUCUCGUGUGGCGUUUUUCCUACGCGGAAUCUAUCGAUGUGUGACCGUUGACACGACAUACUUACUAAAAUCUGCCUCCCGGGAAACAAUACUUGUUUUUACGUUGCACUUACGUGAGUGAAGAGAAAUUCUGUUUAUACGUUAAAGAAGAGAGAGGGAGAGAAAGCGUACCGUUUAUUUUUACAUUAAACGUUAAAGAUUCUACGUUACGUCGAAUCGACACACGAAGGUACCGGUCUUUGAGGGGUUAGACGCAUUGACCAAGUGUAGAGAGAAAGAGUGUGUGAGAGAGAAGAAGAAGAGAGAGAUAGACAAACUCGAACGUAACAUUGAAAUGCUCGUGAAUGCAAGUGCGAAAGAUAUCCCGCGGGAUACUCCGUAUUCGCGCGCAAGAUGUAGUAUCUCUCGUACAACGAGCAGUGUACAUAUAGUAAGAAAGUAACUGAAUAUUUUCAUCAUAUUUUUUUUUUACUAGUGUUUCUGGCUCUGCGUGACGCGCAGCAGCCACAUGAAGACUCAGCGACGCGCGAAUAAAAAUCGCGAACGUUCGUAUGAUGAAUUAAACCGUUGCGUACGAUGGCGGCGUAGUCAUUCGUCAGGACGAGACACCCACCUAGGGUAAUUCGUGCAGCAAUCCGAACAGCGUUCGUUCAUCUUAGGCACCGUCAUUCCUUGUAUCGAUAUAAUGAUAACAAAGUAAAUUAAUAUGUUUCUUAUAUAUAUAUAUAUAUAUGUAUUUAGGAGAGAGAAUGUGCUUUUAUAAAAAUUAAAAUAUACCUUUUUUUUCGUCUUCCUUGUUUCAUCCCACUCCCGUAGGCUUCGUCGGCACUCUGUUACGCGCUGUGCGCACGGUUCUUUCUCGCCCGAGCGGUACUUGUGUUUGAAGAUCGUAGAGACCGGAUUUCUUCUAUUUAUAUGUGCGAACAGAUAACGGCCGAGUACGAGGAAUUACAACAGGGAAUUGUAUGACUUGAUCGAUUAUAUCGUAAGAAGAGAAAAAGGGAAGGAUCCAUGCGUUAUUGUGUAGUACGUUAAUAUACUUAAAGAACAAUUGUAUACAAGAAACUAGUAAAGAUUACUUCCUAUUUUA